AUGGCCAGCAGAUGGUUACGGAAUAUCGGCCGAUUCGCCAUUAACUCGUUGUUUUUACACAGUUUACCUGCUCGACUUAGAGCGGCAAGUGAUGUUCAGUAUGUUUGGCAAAGGAUGUCGCACGGUCAAGGUUUGAUAGAUGACGACCAGGACGAUGUAAAAACUACAUUAGAAGAGAUCAGGAGUAAAUUGGAACUCGCCAAUGAAUUUCUACCCCAUAAAGUUUUGCUCAUUCAGCCGCACAUCGCCGCGUAUGUGCAGCGUUACCGUGGACUGGAUUACGAACUGCUGAUCACGGAAGCGAAGUCGCUUGUUGAGUCUGUCCCUGACUGGACACUGUACGGUGUGUAUGCUGACCAGGUGAAGGUGAACAUGAAGUCUGAAAAGCUGUUUGGCAGCGGUAAACUUGCAGAACUCGUCGACAACAUAAAACCGAGGUGCGACCUGACGGCCAUUUUCCUCAAUGUCGACAGGCUAAGUUCCGCGCAGCACUUGUUUUUGGUUGGCACGUUCGGUAUGCCAGCGUUCGAUAGGUAA